AUGGCAAUGGUUCUUCCAAAAGAAGGGCUUCUGGUUAUGGAGAAGGAAUCUGCUUCAUCGGAUUCUCAUCUUCGUCUCCAGCCUCAGUUUCCUGACUUCACGAUUCCUGUAAAGGAUUUCUUCAAGACUAGGGAAGCUCGUGAAUUUCUUAGUGGGGCUUUAGCUGGAGCCAUGACCAAAGCUGUUCUUGCUCCACUUGAGACAAUAAGGACAAGAAUGAUUGUUGGUGUUGGAUCAAAAAGCAUUCCAGGUAGUUUCCUGGAAAUCAUACAGAAGCAAGGCUGGCAAGGUCUUUGGGCUGGAAACGAAAUCAACAUGAUUCGAAUCAUUCCAACACAAGCAAUUGAGCUGGGGACGUUUGAGUGGGUCAAACGUGCAAUGACAUCAGCGCAAGUGAAGCUGAAGAAGAUUGAGGAGGCAAAGAUUGAGAUUGGUGAUUUCAGUUUCAGUCCUUCCAUAUCUUGGAUCUCUCCUGUUGCUGUUGCCGGUGCAUCUGCUGGUAUUGCCAGUACUCUUGUUUGUCAUCCUCUCGAAGUCCUCAAGGAUAGAUUGACUGUGAGCCCUGAGAUUUAUCCAACAUUAAGCCUUGCAAUUCCGAGGAUUUUCAGAGACGAUGGAAUCCGUGGAUUCUAUGCUGGUUUAGGACCAACACUGGUCGGGAUGCUUCCAUACAGCACAUGUUAUUACUUCAUGUAUGACAAGAUGAAGACUACUUACUGCAAAUCCAAGAACAAGAAGGCUUUAAACCGUCCAGAGAUGCUUGUUCUUGGAGCUUUAGCUGGUCUAACGGCGAGUACCAUAAGCUUCCCAUUGGAAGUGGCGCGGAAGCGGUUGAUGGUGGGAUCUCUGAAGGGGCAAUGCCCACCGAACAUGGCUGCUGCAAUAGCAGAAGUAGUGAAGGAAAGAGGAGUGAUGGGACUCUACAGAGGAUGGGGAGCAAGUUGUUUGAAAGUCAUGCCGUCUUCAGGCAUCACUUGGGUCUUUUAUGAAGCUUGGAAAGAUAUUUUGCUCGCAGCGAACACCAAACCACUCAUAUAA